UGUAAAAUCGUGAAUCGGACCAGGUGCACUUUUAACUUCAUAUUGCAUUUUAUUUUACAGUGAAUUUAAGAACGGCCUCAUAAUUUUAAAAAAAAAUGCUUUGAAUGCUUAAAAUAAUUUGCAUUUAAUCAAAUUUUUUUUUUUAAAUAGUCCCUAUACUUACCGUAUGUGGUAUUUAAUAGUUUUGAUGACUUUAUGGUUAUUUUAAAGCAGAAAACAAAACUCCCAACAGAUACGCAUGAUUAAAAUCUCGAAGGGGAGGUGCAACCUCUACUAAAAAUUUAUAAAACCUGCAGUUUGGUUUUAGCUUCCACACAGAAUCUGCUUUACACAAUGCAAACUGAGGGGCGAGUGCAUUCACAUUCAGAGUAUUGCGGUAACAUCUAUUGGCUUUAUGUAUAAAUGUGCUGUCUGUACUAGAAGGUAGCCUUUGUUUAGUUGUCCCUUGUGAUGAAUCUCACAGCAGUGAAUCGAACCAGAGACUGUCUCGAAUAUACCUGUCCGGAGAGAUCUGUUUCUUUCCCCGUCUACGUUCUCCUCUAUGUGGCCGCAGCCGCUGUGGUUCUUCUGACCGUGUGUGGAAACCUUCUGGUCAUCAUCUCCGUCAGUCACUUUAAACAGCUCCACACACCUGCUAACAUCCUCAUCCUCUCUUUGGCCGUGUCCGAUGUCCUGGUUGGAUUUUUUGUGAUGCCAUUUCAUUUGAUUUGGCUGAUCGAGUCGUGUUGGACUUCGGGAGUACUUUUCUGCUCGAUAUUUAAUUUUGUGGCUUUUCUAGUCACCAGUGUUUCUGUUCACACCGUGGCUCUGAUAGCAUUUGAUCGAUUUUUGGCCUUGAAUUAUCCUUUCUUCUAUUGUGAGAAGAUCACACCCACUGUGGUCUGCAUAGCAACUUUGUUUAACUGGUUGUUUUCUGUCCUUUAUAAUUUCACUAUUCUUUAUAUUAAUGGGAACUUCACUGAUUUCAUGUGUCCGGGUGAAUGUCUUUAUAUUGUGGAUGAGGUCUCGUGCCUCAUUGAUCUUCUCAUUGUGUUUCUUUUACCAUGUACUCUCAUUGUGAUAUUAUACUCACAUGUCUUUGUGCUUGCUAAGAAACAUGCAACUGCUAUAAGAGCACUUCAGAUUCACCACAGCACAGAAUCCUCUAAAACCCGAAUCAGGGAUUUCAUGAAAUCGGAGAGAAAAGCUGCAUUAGUGCUAGGAAUUCUGAUCUUUGUCUUUUUAUUGUGUUUAUUGCCUUAUUAUGUUUUAUCUUUGACUAAUUUCUUAAGAAAUUACUCAUUUUAUUAUGUUAUCAACAGCGUGUUGAUUCUGUUUUAUCUUAAUUCGUCAAUCAAUCCACUUAUUUAUGCUUUGUUCUAUCCUUGGUUUAAAAAAAGUUUAAAACUUAUUGUAACUUUUAAAGUAUUUAAUACAGAUUCUUCACUGGUGAAUGUGAUCUCUGUAAGUUCUUGAAACCCCUGUCUGUCCACUUUGUGUUAUUUGUAUGCUUUUAAUAUCUUUAAUGUAUUUAGUGUACAUGAUUAUUUAUAUUUAUAUAUUUAAAUUAUUUUCUGAAAAGAACAACAUGUGGUCUGGCAUGAUGAGGUUGGUGAAAUUAUGUCUACUCUGCAGUUGUGUUCACCUUAAAAAAUGUAAAGUUUAUAAAUAGAUCCAUUUUAGGUUAUAUGGUGAGUGUUGAGUGUUUUUGUCUCAGGAAAUAUCAUAGUACCAUGUACAUUUUAUUG